GUGGACGUCGGGGCGAACUUGACGGAUGGGAUGUUUCGCGGUGUGUACCGCGGAAAACGCGCGCACGAGGACGAUUUGGGCGCCGUGCUGCGACGCGCGCGCGAGGCGGGGGUGAGCGAUAUCAUCGUCACCGCGGGCACGCUCGAGGAAGCGCGCGAGGCGGUGGCGCUGGCGAGGGAAACGCGGGAGGAUGGCGCGGCGCCGAGGCUGUACGCGACGUGCGGCGUGCACCCGACGAGGUGCGGCGCGUUCGCGGACGACGUCGACGGCGCGGACGCGCACUUGGAAAAGUUGAAGCGAGUCGCGCUCGACGGUAAGGCGAGCGGGACGAUCGUGGCGAUCGGGGAGAUGGGAUUGGAUUACGACAGGCUCGAGUUUUGCGACGCGGCGACGCAAAAGGAAAUGUUUGAAAAACAGUUUGCCCUCGCCGAGGCGACGUCGUUGCCGCUGUUCUUGCACAUGCGCGCCGCGUGCGACGAUUUCUUGGAGAUUAUCGAUCGCAACGCGCACAGAUUCACCGCGGGAGUCGUGCACUCUUUCACCGGCGGCGCGCGCGAAGCCGCCGCGGUGCUCGCGCGCGAAAAUCUCCUCAUAGGUCUCAACGGCUGCUCGCUCAAGACCCAAGAAAACCUCGACGUGGUGAAGACGAUUCCACUCGAUCGAAUCGUUCUCGAAACCGACGCCCCGUGGUGCGGGAUCAAGCCCACGCACGCCGGUUUCGCCGCCGUCGCGCCGCCGCUCUCGUGGCCGAAACCCGUCAAGAAGGAAAAGUGGUUCGCGGGCGCUCUGAUCAAGGACCGUUGCGAGCCAGCGCACAUCGUGUGCGUCGCUCAAAUCAUCGCCUGCGCGCACGGCGUC